AUGUCUAUCGGUAUCGAGGAGACCUUGACCAUGCGGGCGCCUCCCCAUCCUCUGCGACCCCUUUCGGACGAUGAACUCCUUCAAGCGCGGAGUCUCAUCGUCAAGGCCCACGACAGCGACGGCAUCGCUCUGAGGUUCCGAUCGGCACACGUCCAUGAACCCAAGAAGACUGAGCUGGUCGAGUUCCUGGUCGCAGAGCAUGCCGGACGUUCACCCGCCUCAAUCCCGCCGAGACAGGUGACGGUGCUAUACGAUGUCAUCACCGAUGGCAAACAUCAACUCACUGAGGCCAUUGUCGAUGUCGGCGUCGGCAAGAUAACGAAUACCAAGACUUUCCCGGAACACUGCCAGACCAGCUAUACGGCACAAGAAUUUGCGUUAUUUCAAGACGCCUGCGUCUCGUCUGAUAUGUUCAAGGCAGCCAUGGAAGAGUUCUCCCUGCCUGACAACUUUACCGUCACCAUAGAUCCAUGGCCGUACGGUGGUCUUGACCCGGACGAGACCAUAUCCCGCUACAUGCAGGGCCUCGUGUUCGCCCGUGAUGCGUCCAAGCAGAACUUGGACUCUAAUCACUACGCGUUCCCGCUGCCCAUCAUCCCAGUCAUGGACAUCGCCAGCCAGAAGCUGGUUAGGAUCGAUCGUCUCGCAACAGGGGGCAAGGGUGAUAGCCUCUAUGCUUCUCCCUAUGGCGGACUACCUACGCAGCUCUUCGACCGCAGCAAGCCUGCAGAAUACGUGUCUGAACUCCUGGAUCGGCCCCUCCGCUCUGACCUGAAGCCUAUCAACGUCACCCAACCGGAAGGUGCGUCUUUUAAGGUGCACUCUGACAACCUGAUCGAAUGGCAAAAAUGGCGCUUCCGUGUUGGUUUCACGCCCCGUGAAGGUGCGGUGCUUCACGAUGUAUGCUAUGACAACAGACCCAUCCUGUAUCGCCUUUCGUUCUCCGAGAUGACGGUUCCAUACGGGGACCCGCGCCCUCCCUUCCACCGCAAGCAGGCCUUUGACUUUGGCGAUGGUGGCAUAGGCCGUGCCGCAAACAACCUCAGUCUUGGGUGUGACUGUCUGGGCGUAAUCCACUAUCUGGACGCCACAGUGGCGGACUCGGAAGGCAACCCUGAGGUAGCGAAGAACGUCGUAUGCCUGCAUGAGCAGGACAACGGCAUUGGGUGGAAGCACACCAACUUCCGGACCAACCGCGCCGUGGUCACCCGACUGCGCGAAUUUGUGGUACAGUUCGUGGUCACCCUCGCGAACUACGAGUAUGUGUUUGCGUACAAGCUCGACACAGCCGGCGGCAUUACAGUCGAGACCCGUGCCACCGGCGUUGUCAGCGUAGUGGCUAUCGACGACGGCAAGGUAUCUGGCUAUGGCAACGUGGUAUCCCCUGGUGUGCUGGCACAGAACCAUCAACACAUCUUUGCCGUCCGAAUAGACCCCAGCAUCGACUCGUACGCCGACGGUGAUACGGCCGUGGUCCUGGAGGAGAGUCAUCCGGUGCCCAUGAACCCAGAAACAAAUCCCUACGGAAACGGCUAUGAGAUCCGGCGCCAGCGAGUAGAGCGCGCGAUGCAUGUCGACGCAGAACCACGGUUUAACAGGACCGUGAAGCUGGAGAACGUGACCAAGAAGAACCCAGUCAGCGGGAAGAACGUGGGAUACAAGUUCAUCCCAAACGCGACGCAACUGAUGCUCGCAGACGACAACAGCACACAGGCGGCGAGAGCCCCGUACGCCAAGCACCAUCUCUGGGUCACCGGAUAUCGCGACGCAGAACUCUGGGCGGCUGGCGAGUUCACAAACCAGAGCAAGAAGGAAGAGGGUGGCGUCAGGGACAUGGUGGCGAGAGGCGACUGGUUCAUCGAUGACCCGGAAGGUGUCGAUAGCACGGGUGACGAAAAGGGGCAAAAGAGCAGCCCCGUGGUCUGGAACGUGUUCGGUCUGACACAUAAUCCCCGCGUCGAAGACUGGCCAGUGAUGCCUGCGGAGAUUCAUCAGUUCCACAUCCGCCCGGCCGAUUUCUUCACGAGCAAUCCGGCCCUCGACGUUCCCAGCACCAGGAAUGAAAGCAGCGUGCUCGCCUCGUGCUGUGGUAAGGACAUGUCUUGGGACAACAGCAUCCGCACCGACAGCGAAAAGUCGGUUCAGGCGAACGCGGUUUCCCACCUUCAGGCCUCUUCCUGUCCUACCACCGUCCUCGACCUAUGCGUAUGCGAUUGCGACUGCGACAGCGACAGCGACACCACCACUCUCGACCACCAUCGGGGCACACGACCCAACUCAGCAUCACCGCCAGCUCGAGCGAGUCGGCGUCUUCACGGCGCGUGGUGGCUGACUGCUGCUGCUGCUGCUGCUGCUGCCGUUAACCCUGCGUAUGCGCUGAUCUUCGAGAUGGUCCGCGGCGCAAAUGUAGCUCCGGCUACCUUGGCGUCCGGUGGGCGUCCCGGUGUGCGUCCCGUUGUGCGUCCCGGCAGGCAGCCCUCCCGAACAGGGUCUUUCCGAGCUGGCUCCCCGUCGCCUACACUCCGAGCCCAACGUAAUGCCAUCCUACGCCGCGUCUCGACACAAUACCAUUACCAUACCUUCCCGACCCCAGCUCCGAAGACAGCAGGUCGGCGCCCGAGUACCGACUCUGCCUCUCCCCAUCCCCCCGCCCAAGGGCAUCAUGGGCUCACGACGCCGUUGCCCGUCAAGCAGCUGGCCCUGCUGGCCCUGCUUUCCCUCUGCGAACAGACCGCGCUGAACUCCAUAUCGCCCUAUCUCCCCGAGAUGGUCGAGUCGUUCCCGGGCGUCGGCCGCGAUCAGGUUGGUCUAUACGUCGGUCUCCUAGCCUCUGCCUUUGCGCUGGCCCAGCUAGCCACCAACCUGCUGUGGGGCUAUUUGUCUGAUAUCAUCGGUCGGAAGCCCGUCAUGCUGAUAGGCACUUCGUUGUUGUGCGUCUGUUUCGCUGCCUUUGGCUUCUGCACGAGAUACGUCCACGUUCUACUUGUCCAUAUCGCCAUGGGACUGCUGAACGGCAAUGCGGCCGUCGUCCCCACCUGUCUCGGCGAGCUCACAGAUCGCAGUAACCAAAGCAAAGCGUUCACGUGGCUACCCGUCAUCUACAGCCUAGGUAGUAUUACUGGUCCUGCAUUAGGUGGACUGUUGGUAUCAGAAAUCGCACGAGACAAAUACCCGUUCCUGGCUCCGAAUCUCUUGGGAGCUUCCCUUCUCGCACUGAGUGUGUUAGUACUUGCGAUAUGGUUUGACGAGACGCUGGAAGAGCAGGCACAUGUGCCUGACUGGUCCGAGAUGUUCCCGUGGCUAUGUGGCUGCAUCAAGAGGAACAAGAAAGGCUCUGGCGGUUCGUGGCCAUGGCGCAGAGGCCGAGACGUGGACGGUGCCGCUGAUGAAUCAGGAGAGGCCGACGACGCCGAGGCGAGAGAAGAUAGUGGGCUUUUGAGGCCCCAGACCGACGAGGCCGAUGACCACAACCCCAAAUCCCCAUCCGACCCGGCCACCUGGCGUCAGCUCUUCAACCGCACCACUGUGGUGUUGCUGCUCACGCACUUGAUCUUCCAGCUAUCGAACAGCUCCUUCAACAGCUUGUACCCCAUAUUUGCUUCGGGCACGGAACCGACGGGACGUGACCUAGGCGCAGAUGUGAUUGGGAUAUCAUUAUCUGUCGCUGGGAUCUUCACCAUCUUAUUUCAGAUGUCGCUGUUCAGACCGCUGAGGUCGCGCCUUGGCAAUGUAGGUUCCUUCCGGGGCUCAUUGCUAGGCUUUGCGAUCACCAUGGCCCUGAUGCCCUUUGUCGGACACUUGGAUUCUGACCCGCCGUUUGGUGUCGGUGACAGCAAGAUCUGGCUGUAUGUGGAGAGUGGUAUCAUACUCGUGAUCAAGAACAUCUGCGCUGUUGGAGGUUUGUCCAGUGUGAUGCUACUGAUUACCAACUCGGCACCCUCCCACGCGAGCUUGGGGACUCUCAACGGGUUUGCCCAGACUCUUUCAGCAGCCGGUCGAAGUGUUGGUCCUUUUCUAUCCGGUGGGCUCUACACCGUCUCGACGCAUAUUCAGCCCAAAGGUGAGGCUUUGGCAUGGGGACUGUUCGCAGGGGUUGCCCUAGUCGGCUGGGCUGGAAGCUAUGCCAUCAACGGUGCAGGACUUGAGAGCACAGAUGACGGGCCACCAAAGCUCACCGCGAGCGACGAUUGGCUGAGCCAGUCGAUGUCAGAGGACAUCGGGUCCCCAUACAAUAUCUCACGCGACAUCUCUCUACUUGCGCCCUUGUUCUCUUCACAAACUGCACCUACCACUCUCAGCCCUUCUCCAAACUUUAUCAUCACCAUGGCCCGAACCAAACAGACAGCCAAGCGCUCGACUGGAGGCAAGGCGCCACGCAAGGACCUUACCCAUAGGUCAGCACGUAAGACCAAUGUCCCUCCCGGCAAGCCUCGUGUGCGUCGCCGCGCGAAGCCAGGUAUGGCCGCACUGCGUGAAAUCCGCCGACUGCAGAAGACGACCGACCUGCUCAUACCUAAGCUGUCCUUCCAGCGCGUCGUCCGGGAAGUCGUCCAAGAUUUCAAAGGUGAAUAUCGAUUCUACGCGGACGCCCUUGCCGCGCUCCAGGAGGCUUCAGAAGCCUACCUCACGCAUCUCUUCGCCGACACACAGCUCAUCGCGUCGACGUGCAAGGUUGUUACCAUCAAGAAGGAGCACAUGGAGGUU